GGCCCACCACGCUCUGCAGACACGAGGCCUGGAGACACUCCUCGACAGCUUUUUGGAGGCACACGACACAAGCGAGUCGGACUUCCAACUAUCGACACCGCAGCCACACAAUCUCCAUAUGGGGUGCUGUUCACAAAAACCCGACAGGGACAUCGGAGCUAUGCUCCAACGACCGGCGGCACAGAAAUCGCUGCCGACAGAGGCCCACCAGAUCGAGGUGGCGCCAAACCCCAUGCCUCAGUGCACUGA